UUCUUUCUUGGUUCUUGUUUGUUGUUGUUUGUUAAUAAAUGGCAGAUAGAUAUAGGUUAUGGAGUAUGGACUUAGUUGAAAUCCAGUUAUGAUUAUUUAUUGAAAUACUGUAUCGUCAAAAUUUUAUUCAAAACAGAAUAAAUUGUAAAUUAUUUUUUAAUUGUUUAAAUUUUCGAAAAAUGGAGAAGCCACAGAAGAUGCCAAAAGUUGCAAAGGUGAAGAAUAAAGCACCAGCAGAGAUCCAAAUUACUGCUGAACAAUUGCUGCGGGAGGCCAAGGAAAGAGAUUUGGAAAUUGUACCACCUCCACCAAAGCAAAAGAUCUCUGAUCCAGAAGAGUUAGCGGAUUAUCAGCACAGAAAAAGGCGAGCCUUUGAGGACAACAUAAGAAAAAAUCGGUCGGUAAUCAGCAACUGGAUUAAGUACGCACAAUGGGAGGAAAGUCAAAAGGAAAUCCAGCGAGCUCGCUCCAUAUACGAGCGUGCGCUGGACGUGGACCACCGCAACAUCACGCUGUGGCUCAAAUACACGGAGCUGGAGAUGCGCAACCGUCAAGUGAACCACGCCAGGAACUUGUGGGACAGAGCAGUCACCAUUCUGCCCCGGGCCAACCAAUUCUGGUACAAAUACACCUACAUGGAGGAAAUGGUGGGCAACAUCGCCGGAGCCAGACAGGUGUUUGAGAGGUGGAUGGAGUGGGAGCCAGAUGAGCAAGCUUGGCUCACAUACAUCAAGUUUGAACUGCGCUACAAGGAAAUUGACCGAGCCAGACAGAUAUACAACCGGUUCGUCAUGGUUCAUCCAGACGUCACCAACUGGCUCAAAUACGCUAAAUUUGAAGAACAACAUGGGUUCGUAUCCAGUUCUCGAAAGGUCUAUGAAAGAGCUGUUGAAUUUUUUGGUGAGGAAACACUGGACGAGCGACUUUUCAUCGGCUUUGCCAAAUUCGAAGAAGGCCAGAGAGAGCAUGACCGUGCAAGAGUGAUCUAUAAGUACGCUUUGGACCACAUUCCUAAAGAGAAGACUGCCGAGCUGUACAAAGCUUACACCAUUCAUGAGAAGAAGUACGGGGAUCGCACUGGCAUCGAGGAUGUUAUUGUGAGCAAGAGGAAGUUCCAAUACGAAGAGGAAGUGAAAGCCAAUCCACACAAUUACGAUGCUUGGUUUGACUUUCUCCGUCUGGUCGAAGAUGAAGGCAAUUUGGAAGUUAUCAGAGAGACUUACGAGAGGGCAAUCGCAAAUGUUCCUCCAACAAAGGAGAAGCAGUUCUGGCGUCGCUACAUCUACUUGUGGAUCAACUACGCGUUGUUCGAGGAGCUUGAGGCAGAGGACGAAGACAGAACGAGACAAGUUUACCGAGCCUGUCUGGACCUGGUGCCUCACAAAGUGUUUACCUUCACCAAGAUAUGGCUGCUGUACGCACACUUUGAGAUACGCCACAAGAACCUAACAGUGGCUCGCAAGACCUUGGGAAUGGCCCUUGGAAUCUGCCCAAAGGACAAACUUUUUAGAGGAUACAUUGAUCUGGAGAUACAACUACGAGAAUUCGACCGGUGUCGUAUCUUGUAUGAAAAGUUUUUAGAAUUUGGUCCUGAAAACUGCAUAACAUGGAUGAGGUUUGCAGAGUUGGAAACGCUGCUGGGAGAUAUAGACAGGGCGAGAGCCAUCUAUGAGUUGGCUGUAUCACAGCCAAGGCUAGACAUGCCUGAGUUGCUGUGGAAGGCCUACAUUGACUUUGAGAUCGGCCAGGGAGAGGUGGCCAGGGCUCGGCAACUGUACGAGCGACUACUGGAACGGACACAUCAUGUCAAGGUGUGGAUGAGUUACGCCCAGUUUGAGAUGUCUCACGGUGCAGCAGAAGACGCAGAAAUAGACAAAAUAGCUCUGGCUCGUAGAGUCUAUGAGAGAGGCAAUGCUGCCCUGAGAAAUCUUGGAGAAAAGGAAGAAAGAGUUCUGCUGUUGGAGGCUUGGAGGGACAUGGAUGUCAAUCAUGGAGAUGACACCACAGUACAGAAAGUGGAGAGCAAGAUGCCCCGCCGAGUCAAGAAACGACAGAAAGUCACGGCUCAAGACGGGACUGAUGAAGGAUGGGAAGAGUUUUUCGAUUACAUUUUCCCAGAGGAUGAGGCGACCAAGCCUAACCUCAAACUGCUGGCUAGUGCCAAAGCCUGGAAGAAACAGCAAGAUACGACUUUGCCACCCGAAGAAGAACAUGACAAUGAAACUUGAAAGCUGCAAAUUGCAAUGUUUAGUUGAGAGAAAUUUUAAAAGCCAGGAAAACAGGAAAAUAUUUCUCAUACAAUUAUUUUAUAUCAACUCUAUUUAGAGUUUGCAGUUCCAAUCACUAUGAUUCGUGGUUGUUUUAUUUAAAUACUGAUAUGAAUUGGACUAGUCAAUCAAUUUUUGAAUCUUAAGUUAAAAAUGAUAUCACUAUUAUUUCUAUUCAAGUAUUCCUAGUUAUUUGUGUUCAAUUGUACAAUUUUUAUCCAUCCUCUAAAGUUAUAAGUUUAUGUGUAGUGAUUUUUUGUAGAUUAUUAUC